AUGUCUUUAGAAAGAGAAAAUGUUGGGGUUAUACCCCCACUUAAUCUGGGGAAUGCUUCAGUUGAUCCAAGAUCUCAAUUAUUACAAGAGAUGCGGGAGCAAAAUUUUGAUUUAAUUAGGUUUGCGUCUUAUAGGACUGCCUGCAAGCUUCGUUAUGUACAGAAAAAGUGUAAUUUACAUGUAAUAGACAUUUGGAAUGUGAUAGAGGCAUUCCGUGAAAAUGCUUUGAACACAUUGGAACCUAAUGCAUGUGUGAAUGUGACUAGAUUGGAAACUUUAGUAUCUUCGUUGUACCACAAUUUAAAUAAGAGGUUACCGCCAGCGCAUCAGGUAUCUGUAGAGGCAUGCUCAGCCUUAUUGUUGAAUUGGCUUUUAUCGGCUUAUAGUACUGGUGAUAAUGUGGGAAAGAUCAGAGUUUUCUCAAUAAAAGUAGCUUUAGCUACUAUGUGUGCUGGAAAACUUAUGGAUAAAUUACGAUAUAUAUUCUCCCAGCUGUCAGAUGGCAAUGGUCACCUGCUAAUGAAGAGGCUAUCGGAUUACCUGCGCGAGGUGUUGGCUUUGCCGGCUGCGGUGUACGAGUCGCCCUCCUUUAGUUACAAUGACUCAUUGGCACUCUCAAUUUUCAAUCAGAAUGGCAAAAUAACAGUAAAUGACUUCUUAGACACGUUAAUGUCGGAUCCGGGACCUCCGUGCCUUGUCUGGUUGCCGCUUCUUCACCGCCUAGCGAGCGUUGAAAAUGUUGUCCACCCACUAGCAUGCAGCGUAUGUAGGCGAAGUUCCCUGACUGGUUUUCGUUACCGCUGUACGCGCUGUGCUGGCUACACACUAUGCCAGGACUGCUUUUGGCGCGGAAGGGUCUCUCCCCCUCACACCAAUGAGCAUGAAGUUAAGGAGUAUGCUGCAUAUAAGUCCCCGUCGAAGCAGAUCGGCGCGACGCUGCGCAAGUCGUUUCGCUGCGUGCCGGAGCGCGCGCGCGCGCAGCUGCCGCGCUACCCCGACCAGCCCGAGCGCACGCUCAACCUCAGCCACAUCGUUCCACCUUCACCUGUACCAGCCCACAACGGUUUUCCAGAGUAUGUAAGCGGAUAUGUCAAUACAGGCUCUCUAGAUUCGCGGUCUUCAAGAUCAACCCAUCGCAGUAUAGCUGAUCACCUAUCGCGUGGGGUGGACGACGAGCAUCGGCUUAUAGCUAGAUAUGCCGCAAGGCUUGCGCAUGAAAAUAGGACUAUGCCUCGUGCCGGUAGAUCCGCAUCUCUCACACCUGAAUUGGGUCGGUCGUCUUCAGAAGGAUCGGAGGUAGAUGCGGCCAGACAGCAACGAGAGCUCAUAUCUCAGUUGGAAGCUAAGAAUAGGGAGAUUAUGAGGGAAAUUGCGAGACUUAGAAGACAGCAGGAGGCGGAGGCGGGCGCGGGUGUGGGGGCGGGCGCGGGCGGCGGGGCGGGCUGCGCGCCGCCGCUGGUGUCGGAGCUGCGCGCGCUGCGCCAGCGCAAGGACGAGCUGGAGGGACACCUCUCCUCGCUGCAGGAGUCGCGCAAGCACCUCAUGCAGCAGCUCGAGGGACUCAUGCGCAUGCUCAAGACGCAGCAAUCAUCACCGCGUUCAACGCCGAACUCAUCGCCCCGCUCAACGAAGAGUCCUCCGUUACCAGGUGCACAACCUCAACCCUCUGCACCUGAAAGGCAAUCAAGUGGACGUGUGCGUAGUGCGCCGCAAACGCCAUCUCUUGGCGAACGGGAGCGAAUUGACAUGACGCACAGCCUCGGUGGAAUGGACAGCAUGGGAAACGAUGGAAGAAGUUUUCAUCAAAAUCAACGACCGACCACAAUGGGCAUAGACAAUCGCGCUCUCCGCAGUGACCUGCUGUACGCCGCGGAUUCUGUCACUAAUGCUAUGUCCACACUUGUUCGUGAACUUAACUCUGGUCUUGACACCGAGGACACGGUCAAAGGAGGUUUGGACGCUAGAAAACAAAGAGAUUUCGAAGAGGAUGAAGAUAGCGACGAACCAAUGCCGCGUCCGCAACCGCCCCGCCAUUAUAUUCACGACAAUAACGUGCAGGACACUCCACCACCGCUUCCAGCCCGCACCGGUCACUACUUCCCUCGUACAUAG